AUGACUCCAUCUUUGAGUUUAUUUGGAUUGACGACCAAAAAGUGGAAUUUCGACGAAUUGUUUGCAAACAUGAAAGAACUUCUCAAUUGUUUUGGCAAUUCAUCAAUCAUUGGCACGAAUGAAGGUAUAACUCAUUCAAUGAGCACUUCUUCGAGCACUUCAAACACUCCAUCCACGGCUUCCACCACUUCUUCCACUACUUCCUCGACUUUUACCACUAUUUCUACCACUUCUGUCACUACUAUUAUUUCGGUCACUACUUCUAAAGCACUUCCCAACCCAAAUGACACGUACUAUGAAAUAGAAAUACCUGUAAACGACACGACUAUAGGGGUGACAACACCGCCGGAAGAAUCCAAAGGGACAACACUAUCAGAGGUUGUAUUAAUUGAAAACUCUAGUAACCCUCAGAAUACGACACUAAAAGAUAUGCUCCACAAACUCAAUCAGAAGCCCAAAGAUCCUAAAGAGUUGACGCCUUUCUAUGUGUUCGCUAUUAUACUGAUAUUUAUCGAAAACGAUGACAAGAAUCGUGUAUUUGAACUCAAGAUCAGAAGACUUGAAAUCCGCAGAAAUUCCGUUAAAUAA